UCAAAUCAAGAAAGCAGCUACGCCCUAUAUAGCGACCCGAAGCAUAUAAAAGGCCUUCUAGCUGAGCCUCUAACAGCAGAAUACGAAGUUCAUCAACCCACACCUCAAUCUCAGCUGCACUUUGUGUUUAACAAUCUCAAACAAUGUCUCACGCAUUCGUCAGAAACUUGACCUUUCAGUCUAACGAUCUCGGCAAGGAGGCGACGCUGAUGCUCACUUUUGAUACCAUGGAAGGCCUCUAUGAAGAUUUCUUCCCCGUCGUUUGGAAGGUCAGCACAUUCGGAAAGACGGGUCCAUACAGGGCGCACGCGACCUACACGAGCCAGCUUGCUUUCUCCAUACCACAGGUCUUGGCUGGCAACAUCGUCGACGCUGAAACCUCUGUCCAGAUUAAUGACAGCGAGAAAACCGUCCUGACCCAAGCCAAUAAUGUCUACCAUUUCUCUCCCCCUCAGGCGGGAACCUCUGGUGUCCUGCAAGCCGUGAACAACACUGGAGCCCUCCAGAACAUUGCAGUCGGCUUCGUCGCCCCUGGAGAGUUGAUGCCUAAGCCGGCACUCUUCUUUGAAGGAGUUGGAGACGAGAGUCACGUCACGGCCAAGUUCACUCCGGUCCUACGGGCCUACAUCACCUCGGACUAUCAAGAGACUGCGAUCAUACGAGGCGCCAUCGACACGCCUGCAGUCUGGACGCAGAACCUCGCCGGGCUUGCUGCUUCCACGACCUGGGAACUCAAGCGCGACCUUGCCAGUGGACAUUACACGAUCACCGCGGUUUAAUGAGGGAACGUGAAAUUGGUGCGCCCAACAACUGUUGUCUGAUGAGUCUGUAUCUCAACGCCGGUUUUUGUAGCAACUUUGUUUGGAAUCCCAACAAGCCUGACUCAGUUGUAACACGUCGCUCGUGUCUCAUGUAAUCUUAACUCGGAAUAGUUGUACAAUGUUGAAAUUACUUAUGCAUUCCUAUGUUACACUGUGUUGAACAAGAUCUGACAAGACUUUCUUUGCGGC